AUGGAUGGACAUCCAGCAGAAUCUCAAUCGAUGAUAUCUUAUUGUAUGAGAAAUAAUCUUUCAAAUAUUGAUGAAAGUGAUAAACAAUGUAAUGAAGAUAGAAAUUAUACAUUUGAACAAUUAAAAUCUCAAGAUAUUCGUAGUUCUGAUUUAUUUAAUUGGAAUGCACCAAUUGAUACAUUGAAUAAUUAUGAAAAAUAUUUUUUGGAAAAUAAUUCAUUUUUAUCAAAUAUGAUUUUUUGCAAUUGCACAGAGAAUUGGUUUGGUCCAUUUUGUCAAUAUGAAAUAGUAGAUCCCGAUGAGAAGCAAAUGACUGUUAAACGUCCAUUAAAUGAUGUUUUGGAAGUUAUUGAUGAUAUUUCAUUAUUGACGUGUUAUCAAGGUAUUCAAUGUCAUUCAACAAUAUGUCUCGAUUGGAGAGAAAUUUGUAAUGGAAUUUCUAAUUGUGAAUAUGGCGAAGAUGAACCUGAAGAAUGUUUUCAACUUGAAUUAAAUCAAUGUCAAUCAGAUGAAUAUCGUUGUCAAUCUGGUCAUUGUAUUCCAAAAGCAUUUCUUGUUGAUUUUUAUCCCGAUUGUAUGGAUCACAGUGAUGAAAUGGUACCAUAUAAAGAAACAGAUGAUCUAGGUUGUUAUCAAUCAUUCUGGCCAUCAUUGACUUGUGAUAUGUAUACUUGUCCUUUAGGAACAUUUCCAUGUGGUGAUGGAGAAUGUUCAUCAUUUCCAUUAAAUUCGCCUUCUUGUGCUAAUGGUCGUGAUCUUUUCUUUCAUCAGCAAAUCUAUCAUUCAAGUUUAGCCUUAGUAAAUGAAAAUUUUACUCUGGAUUGUUGGUUAUCAUUAAUUUGUUCAACUGAUGAUUACACUUGGGAUUUUUCAGAAGAUUUACAUUUCGAAUGUACGAAAUAUUCUACAAAUGAUAAAGAACUUUAUAACCAAUUUUGUCCUUUUCUAUUUGAAUUCGAAAAUCAUAAAAAUAUUUAUUAUCCAUUUGUUCGCUUUUUCUACGAUCGUCAUAUAGAUUCAUCAAUUUCUUAUCAAAAUCCCACGUAUUAUUGUUUUAAUCGUAGUUAUUGUAAGAAUUUUCCAAUUGAUAAUGUCAUCUUAAUUAAUGGUUUAACAUGUUUUCAAAAACAACAUGUGUUUAUCGGGCAUAAGUAUCUUCACGAUCUUCAACGAAUAUUUUCGUCGUGUCAUUUUCCCCAUACAUUCGAUAUUGAAAAGCCAAAUGAAUUAUUUUAUUGCAAUAAAACAAGAAAAUAUAUAUCAGAAGAGAGAAUUAAUGAUGGUAUUAUUGAUUGUUAUUAUUCAGAAGAUGAAUUCAAAGAAAUAAAUCCACAAAUUAAAUUAAAAUUUAAUUUAACAAGUCUUUUAGAAUGUCUUCAUAAUUCGAAUUGGAGUCUAAGAGUUUUAACUAGUGAUAGUGAUUGUCUAGAAAAAUCUGAUACAUGGAAUAUAUUUUCAUCAUAUGAUUCAUCUAGUAGUAAGCAAAAGUAUCGUGAAUUUUAUCAUCGUUCAAUUUAUUAUAAAUUUGAUGAAAAUUGUGAUGGAAAAGAGAAGUUAAAGAUACCUGUUGAAAAUGAAACUGAUGAAACGAGUUGUGAUCAAUGGCCUAAAUAUCGAAUAUGUGAUGGAUUUUGGGAUUUAAACAAUGGUGAAGAUGAAUUAAAUUGCUCAUCGACAUUAGAAUUUUAUAUACGACAAACUGUUUUUAAAUGUAAUAUUAAUCAACACUAUUGUGUAUUUAGAAAUGGAACAAAUGGUUGUUUAGAUAAAAAAUAUGCUGGUGAUAAUUAUUGUCAUUGUUUAGCAUGUACUGAUGAAAGACGAGUUAAAACAAAUGUUGGUUAUUAUAUGAAACUUCAUUGUAGUAGUGGAAAGAAGAUCUUGCCCACUGACCUAUGUGAUUUAAUGAGAGAUUGUCCUAAUAAUGAAGAUGAAUUAAUUUGUCCAUGGUCGAUAAAUAGAACAAGUGGUCGGGAUAGUGGAUUUUAUUGUAAAAAUGGUACAUUAAUUUCUCUGUCAUUACAUUGUGAUGAAAAGAUUGAUUGUCAACCCGAUGCUGAAGAUGAAUGGUUUUGUGAAGUACAAAAGAAAAAACGCGAAUAUUCUUUAUCAGAUUAUAUUUCAGAACAUCCUCAAACUACCAUCAGUAUUUCUUCUAACAGUGAUUCGAUUUCAAAUUUAUAUAAUUCAGAUAAAACGACAUUAAUAGAAGAAACAUCAUUUAAAAAGAAAAGAAUGCUAUCGAAUACAGAUCGUAUUCUCGCCAAUUGGUACUGUAAUCGUGGUCUUAUAAUCAAAAAACGUUUCAAUGAAACUUUUCAAUGUUUCUGUCCACCGAGUUAUUAUGGUUUAAGAUGUGAAUAUCAAUCUGAAAGAAUUAUAAUAACUAUUCAAAUGGAUAUUCCAAUCAGUUUAAAACGAAAUCAAAAUCAACAAACUUCUCUUCGAUUAAUUGCUUGUUUAAUGUUAAAUGAAACUUGUCUUUAUUAUGAACAUAUUCUACAGGCACGUUCAAUGAAACACAAUAUCUAUUUAACUUAUCCUCGUCCACCACCUAAAUCAUCAAAUGUAAACUGGUCAAUACGAUUCGAUAUUUAUUAUGUUAAUCAAUAUAAUGUUGAUUAUAAAGCAUCAUGGUUAUAUUAUAUUCAAUAUUCAUUUCUUCCAUUUAAUCGAUUAGUAUUAUAUUUAAUUUUAAAUUAUCCGAAAUCUUGUAAUACAUUAAAUUGUAUUCAUGGAUAUUGUCUAAGAUAUUUAAAUUAUCCUUAUCAUACUUUUUGUCAUUGUCAUCAACAUUGGUCUGGUCCACAAUGUGAUACAAAUAUGAUUUGUCCCUGUUUUCAAGGUGGAAAAUGUCUUUCACAGGCUUCAAAACCUUUUUGUAUCUGUCCAUUAGGUCGUUUCGGAGCAAAUUGUCAAGGAUGGUUUAAUCCAUGUAAAACUAUUCAAUGUUUAAAUGGUGGUACAUGUAUUCCAUUUGAUGAACGAGCAGAUAUUACAUAUCAAUGUAUUUGUCCCGAUGGUUAUUCGGGAAGUUAUUGUGAAAAUAUUCAAAAUGAAAUUCUUAUACAAUUCUCAUCAAGUUUUCUAUCGAAUUAUUAUCUCAAAUCUUUUGCAAUACUUAUUCAUAUUCUUCGUUUAUCAGAUUCUCCUUUAUUAGAUAUUCUCUCCAUUGAAGAUCGUUUCUUUGUCAAUUCAUCAUCAUUUGAUCAAUCAUUGAAAAUUUUCUAUGAAAAACAAAAUCCUGAUUCAUUAUUUGUCAUUAUUCAAAUGUAUAGUGAACAUAAUCAAAUGGAUUUUUAUAUUGGUGUUAUUAGGAAGAAACCUAAUGAGAAUAUCACAACAAUUGUUUAUCCAGAAGAUCAACUUUUUUAUGCUGAUCAAUUAUUUGAAAAUAAAACAAUUGAAAAAUAUUCCUGGAUGAAAAAAGUGAAAUAUUAUAAUCAUAUUUGUUCUUUAAAAAGAAAUUUAAAAUAUUUUAUUGAUGAGAAUUAUUUAUGCUUUUGUGAUGCAUAUCGUCAUGUAUAUUGUACUAUUUUUCUUCGAGAUUCAAGUCAAUGUUCAAUAAAUUAUUGUCAAAAUAAUGGACAAUGUAUUUCAAAUAAUAUUAAUGGAUAUUGGGAUUUUCGUUGUAUUUGUCAAUCUUGUACAUUUGGUUCACUUUGUCAAUUAAUAACAACAGAAUUUACAUUAUCAUUAGAUAUAAUGCUUGGUCGUGAUAUUCGCGAAAAUACUCCAAUAAAGCAUCAACCAUUUUUAAUUAAAAUAACAUUUAUUGUUCUUAUUUUAAUGUUUAUCUUUGGUUUAAUCUUUAAUACCUUAUCUUUUAUAACAUUAAAACAAGAAAAAGUUCGACAAAUUGGUUGUGGGAUUUAUUUAUAUUAUUUACCAUUUAUUGGUCAAUUUGGUUUAUUAAUUCUUCUUGGAAGAUUUAUUUAUUUAUUAAUAACACAAAUUUAUCCUAUUAAAUAUCGAACAACAACAUAUUGGUCUUGUGUUAGUUUAGAAUAUUUUCUAAAUUUCUGUCCAAUAUUAUUUGAUUGGUUAAUUACAUUUAUAUCAUUAGAAAGACUUGUUAAUAUAAUUCAAGGUAUUUCUUUUAAUAAACAAAAAAAGUGUUAUUUGGGCUAA